AUGGCCCCUCGUCGCGGAGGCCAACCCUAUCGCCGAGGAGGCAAACUCGGCAACACCUCCUACAGCUCUCGAAAACCGAAAACGGUUGACGCGUCGACACUCCGCAGCACAGAAGCCACCUCACAGAACGAAAAGAUAGAAGCAACACGCCUCGCAAGUCGUAUUGAUGAGUCCAUGGGCUUUCCCCGCUACGAGGCGGGGAGAAAGAAAGUAGGAUGGCUCUGUAACAUGCAUUCGACAAGCGUAGAAGAUGAGAACGUACCCGGGGGAAGAGCUGGGGUGGACUACUAUUUCAUUGAAGAAGACGGCGGAACGUUCAAGGCAACGCUGGAGUACGAUCCGUACUUUCUGCUGGCAGUGAGGAAGGGAAAAGAGCCAGAGGUUGAGGAAUGGUGCAGGAGAAGUUUCGAGGGAUUAGUGAAAGCUGUAAAGAGGGUUGAGAAGGAGGACCUUUCUAUGCCAAAUCACCUCCUCGGAUAUCGGAGAACGUUCCUCCAGCUCGCAUUUGUGAACGUCAACGACCUUCUGGCGGUGAGAAAGGUGGUAAAUCCAGUAGUGGAUAAGAACAAGAAGAAGAUGGAUGCCAUGGAUACAUAUGCUGAAGUUGCCAGCGCAAACGCGGGUUUUGACAUUUUUGAUGACCAAGAACAUGAGAACCGACUUAGUGGAGCGACUGAUGCAAGCGAUUUUAUUUUAGAUAUUAGGGAAUACGAUGUUCCCUAUCAUGUCCGGGUCGCCAUCGACAAAGACAUAAGAAUUGGAAAAUGGUAUACGGUUGAGGCAAAGCACGGGGUGAUUUCCAUGACUUGCAUAGAAGAGCGACUCCAGCGAGCGGAUCCAGUGGUUAUGGCAUACGAUAUUGAAACAACCAAACUUCCCCUGAAGUUCCCGGACGCAGUCAUUGACCAGAUUAUGAUGAUUUCAUACAUGAUCGAUGGGCAAGGUUUCUUGAUUACUAAUCGAGAGAUAGUGUCUGAGAACAUUUCUGAUUUCGACUACACACCAAAGCCCGAGUACGAAGGACCCUUUAUCGUCUUCAACGAGCCAGAUGAGAAAGCACUGAUAGAACGAUUCUUUGAGCAUAUCAAAGAGGCCAAACCCACAGUAAUGGUUACAUACAAUGGCGACUUCUUCGAUUGGCCGUUCGUAGAAGCAAGAGCCAGUGUACUGGGAAUCGAUAUGUACCAAGAGAUUGGUUUCAGGAAGAACAGCGAGGAUAUCUAUCAAUCCAAUUACUGUGCUCAUUUAGACGCUUUUGCUUGGGUCAACCGAGACAGUUACCUUCCCCAGGGUAGUCGAGGGUUGAAAGCAGUAACCGUCGCAAAGCUGGGCUAUGAUCCUGACGAGUUGGACCCCGAAUUGAUGACACCCUAUGCGAGCGAACGACCUCAAACGCUCGCAGAAUACUCGGUCUCCGACGCUGUGGCAACCUACUACCUGUACAUGAAAUAUGUCCACCCUUUCAUCUUCUCCCUGUGCACUAUUCUUCCAUUAGCACCGGACGAUGUUCUGCGCAAGGGCACUGGUACGCUUUGCGAGAUGUUGCUCAUGGUGCAGGCUUAUCAGAAGGGAAUUGUGCUCCCAAACAAGCACCAAGCUCCCAAGGAGGCAUUCUGGGACGGCCAUUUGCUCGAAUCUGAGACCUAUGUCGGAGGUCACGUCGAAAGUAUCGAAGCUGGCGUCUUUCGAAGCGACAUCCCGUGUAACUUCGCAGUGGAUACGACAGCCAUUGAUGAAUUGCUGGAGGAUCUUGAUGCUGCAUUGAAGUUCAGUAUCACUGUCGAGGAAAAGAAAAGGCUUGAAGAUGUAGCCAACUACGACGACGUUAAAGCACAGAUUGUGGAAAAGCUCAAUCAGCUCAAGGAAACUCCGAAUAGAAGCGAGCCGCCUCUAAUAUACCAUUUAGACGUAGCGUCUAUGUAUCCGAACAUCAUGACGACAAAUCGACUUCAGCCUGACUCUAUGAUUCAGGAAUCAGAUUGUGCUGCAUGCGACUUCAAUAGGCCAGGGAAGACCUGCGACCGACGGAUGCCUUGGUCGUGGAGGGGAGAGUUCCUUCCCGCCAAACGAGAUGAAUACAAUAUGAUUCGGCAUGCUUUGGAGAACGAGAGGUUUCCUGGAAAGUACACCAAUUCUCUAUCGCGAACGUUCCAGGAGCUGUCAAUGGAUGAGCAAGCAUCUCUGGUAAAGAAACGAUUGCAAGAAUACAGCAAGAAGAUUUAUCACAAGAUCCACGACACGAAAACGAUCGAACGUGAGGCAAUUAUUUGCCAACGUGAAAAUCCGUUCUACGUCGACACCGUCAAGGACUUCCGAGACCGAAGAUACGAUUUCAAGGGGAAGCAGAAAGUGUGGAAGGGGAAGACCGACGCGCUGAAGUCCGCCGGGGCACCUGCUGGAGAGAUUGAUGAAGCGAAAAAGAUGAUUAUUCUUUUCGACUCCUUGCAGCUUGCCCAUAAGGUCAUUUUAAACAGUUUCUACGGCUACGUAAUGCGAAAGGGGUCUAGAUGGUACUCCAUGGAGAUGGCGGGUGUCACUUGCUUAACCGGCGCCAAGAUCAUUCAAAUGGCCCGACAACUCGUAGAAAGGAUCGGACGGCCGCUUGAGCUGGAUACCGAUGGUAUCUGGUGUAUUCUCCCAGCGACAUUUCCAGAGAACUUUGCUUUCAAACUCAACAACGGAAAGAAAGUUGCGAUCUCAUAUCCCUGCGUUAUGUUGAAUCAUCUUGUUCAUGCAAAGUUUACAAAUCACCAGUACCAGACUCUGGCAGAUCCAGCGACCUUCCGGUAUGAAACCCAUAGCGACAACACCAUCUUCUUUGAAGUCGAUGGACCGUACAAGGCCAUGAUACUACCCACUUCCAAGGAAGAAGACAAGAAUUUGAAGAAGCGAUAUGCUGUCUUCAACCACGACGGAAGCUUGGCUGAAUUGAAGGGUUUCGAAGUGAAGCGAAGAGGAGAGCUGAAGCUCAUCAAGAUAUUUCAGACUCAGAUCUUCAAGUUCUUCUUGGAGGGUACAACGCUUGCAGAGACUUAUGGAUCUGUCGCGAAGGUCGCCAAUCAAUGGCUCGAUGUCCUAGACUCUCGUGGAUCUACACUUGCGGAUGAGGAGUUGAUUGACUUGAUUUGCGAGAACAAGAACAUGACGAAGACUCUGGAGGAGUAUGGAACUCAGAAAUCGACCGCCAUCACCACAGCGAAACGUUUAGCAGAGUUCUUAGGCGAGCAGAUGAUCAAGGAUAAAGGUUUGAACUGCAAGUACAUCAUUUCCUCUCGACCCAAACACGCGCCUGUUACCGAACGUGCUAUCCCGGUCGCGAUUUUCUCCGCCGAGGAGUCGGUAAAGCGAUUCUUCUUGAGAAAGUGGCUUCGCGAAGACCCAGGGGAAAUGGAUCCUAGAGUUGUUCUUGAUUGGGGUUAUUACACAGAGCGUUUGGCCUCUGUCAUUCAGAAACUCAUCACCAUCCCUGCUGCCCUUCAAAAAGUCAGCAACCCUGUCCCAAGGGUACCACACCCGGAAUGGUUGGAUCGCCGAAUACGGCAGAAGGAGGAUAAGCUUCAGCAGAAGAAAAUGACCGACAUGUUUGCCAAGAAGGCCUUGACUGAUGUGAACACCAAUGUAUUGGGUAAUAGAAUCGCGAGCGAUUUGGAAGACUUCGGUUCCUCGAAGCUGUCGCCAAAUUCGCAGGUCAAGAAGGGCCUAAUCACGAAGAUGGUCUCGAAGAGAAAGGCACCAGAGUCCGCUGUGCUGGUCCAGACGGACCCAUAUGCCACCCUCCCCAAGAUCAUGCCAUCCAUCACAGAAGACUAUUCCAGUUGGCUCCAGUACCAGAAACAGAAAUGGAGGAUCCAAAAACAAGCUCGGAAACGUCGGCGACAGCUGUUUGGAGAGAAGCCAGUCGAUGUCUCUGAUGCGAUUGGCACUCUCUUUCGGAACCAAGCCGAGCUUCUCUUCAUUAGCACGUGGCAGAUUAUUCAACUUCGGUUAACGGACACUCCUGGAGAGGUCAGAGCAUUUGUUUUAAUCGACAAGAAGAUCCAUACGCUUAAGGUCAUUGUUUCUCGACAAAUUUACCUUAACCUAAGAGGCGAGGAUUUACCGGACGUGUCCAUCGCUGGAUGCACCGUAGACAAGGUUAUAAACCAUACACUACCAAAUGGCCAUCCUUCCAUCCAUCUCUUCAAGCUGCAAAUGUCCGAAGAAACAUACGUCCACGAAUCGAAACAGCUUACGGCACUUUUCAAUCACUCAAGUGUGGAGGGAAUCUACGAGAAGCAGGUGCCUCUGAACAUUCGAGCCAUCCUCCAGCUUGGAAGUACCUGUACUUUUGAUGAGACGCAGAAAGGUGUACUCGGAAAGGGUUUGGAGCAAGGAUUCGACUUAUCUAGUCUACGGCGUGUGCAAUCGCAAAAGCCUUACCUAUCUGAAGCAUCGAUUACUUAUCUCUAUCUGUACCAUGUCAACAGCGGAGACCGAAACAUAUACGCGCUAUUCUCUACUUCCAAGGAUAACGCCCACAUUAUCAUCCAAAACAAAUCGAAGGAUACUUCAGGGAUGCCGAAUGUCGAUCGCAUCUACAAGGAUGCUCUGAACAGGCGUUUAGAGGACAACAAUUAUGAGCCAUGGCAAACGUGUGUAGGAUACCAGGACGAUAUACACUUUCGGACUGUCCAUGUGACAACGAAGCGGAAAGCACUGCUCGAGAUUGGCGAUGCUCUUAAGAAAAUGAAGGCAGAAGAGGGCAAACCAGUUAUUGUGGUUAUACAGUCGCCGAACCAUACCUUGCUAUCACACGAGAUCCCGCCAGUAAGAGACCUACCCAUUUUAUCCCUUCACCCAGACGAAUCAGACAAACAACUACCACCGCUGGGAUGGCAGUCCUUCAUCGCUAAGCGAGUAGUGGGCCAUUACUUAGAUCUUGGGUCCUGGAUUGCUCAUCUCAUGGAGCUCGCCAGAUAUGGAGAUAUUCCUCUUUGCAACUUGGAAAGCAACGACCCGCGGUUCUUGAUCGACAUAGCUUAUGCUAGACGACUUCAGAAAGAGAAAGUGGUCCUUUGGUGGUCCGGCACCCCCAAGCCAGAUCACGCUGGAUAUGAAAUGGACGAUAUUUUGGCACCCCUUGAAGCUGUUGAGAUGCCCUCCGUCAACAACCCUGGAACGUACUCUUCGGUCUGCAUAGAUCUGACCUUGCGUAAUCUUGCUAUCAACACUGUUCUGUCUUCAUCUUUGAUCAAUGAUCUAGAAGGCUCUAACUCAGUCUCUUUCAACCCUGCAGCACCUUCAUAUGAUGCCGCGAAUGAUGGCACAAAUGUCAUCUACUCCGACAACGCAUUUUCCACAGCUGGGAUCACAGUCUUGCGAGAGAUGGUGAAAGCUUGGUGGGGCGAGGCUGAACGGGGCGACUACAUGGCUGAUGUGAUGGUCCAGCACCUAGUUCGAUGGGUUGGCAGCCCAGGCUCCUUUCUCUAUGACUGGUCGCUCCACUACUACGUCCAGAUGAUGUCGCGCAAAGCUCUCCAGCAGCUGAUGGCCGACUUUAAACGUGUUGGAUCACAUAUCGUCUUUGCUGGCCCGAACCGUCUUCUUCUACAGACGUCAAAGGCCGAGGUUGGAAAUGCGUACGCAUACAGCCACUACAUCCUCAAGACUAUCCAAGCGAAGCCUCUCUUCCAAUUCCUAGACCUCGAAAUCAAGGAGUACUGGGAUUACCUCGUGUGGUAUGACGAGUUCAAUUACGGUGGGAAGGGCUGCCAAAAGGUUGUUGAGGUUGAGAACCAAACCCUGGACAACAUCAGGUGCUGGCAAUUUGCACAAUUCCUCCCUCCCAAUCUUCAGCCAGUAUUCCAUGAUUGGGUCAUUAAGUUCAUAGAACUAAUGCACGCAAGGAAACGUCCUGGUGCCGUAGACGGAUCAACGCCUCGCCUAACACAAAUUCCUCUCCGGCCACUGACCGUUGACCCAACGGAAGCUACUCAGAUCCUGCCGAAGAGCUUUACGAAGCCGUUGUUAAAGCAAAUCUCGUCUCUGCUGCGCCGUCAACACAACGAACUCCUACAUCCUGAUCUUGCCUCUGACUACAUCUUCCCACAACUUCCAGGCUCACAUCUCAAUCUAACAAACCCUGUCCUCCAACUUGUCAAAUCGAUCAUGCAAGUCUUGAGCUUAGACCGCGCUAUCACACUUGAAGCACGUUUGUUGAGGAAAGAGUUGCUAAAUCUGUUCGAUAUCCGUGAAUUCAGUGCAGAUGCGAGUUUCGCGAACCCAAGUGCGGCUUUAUAUGUCCGAGGUGUGAUCUGCGAAGAAUGCACAUCAUCCCGCGACCUCGACCUCUGCCGCGACUCUGCUCUUCUCCCCGCAUCUCUUCCCAACCCAUCAGACCUAUCAUCCGGACUACCACUACCAAAGUGGAAGUGUGACAAUUGCAAUUCAGCAUAUGAUAAGCUCCGUAUCGAGGAAGAGCUCAUCUCCGAGGUCCAGAAAUUGGUUCUGGAAUGGUGCACCCAGGACUUGAAGUGUGGAAAGUGUGCACGACUGAGGAGUAAUGAGUUUAUGGAGCAUUGUUCGUGUUCGGGAGAGUGGGUGGGGACGAGGAACAGAACGGAAGUGCGGAGGGCGUUGGAGGUUUACGGAAAUGUGGCGGGUUUCUAUCAAUUGAGGAUGUUGGAAGCUGUUGUGCAGGAGUGCCUUAAGGGUUUCUGA